UUACUUUCGCUACGGUAGCACGGAGCAUAUAACAAAUUUUGGCGAAUACCGUGUAUCUGCAAGCUGUGAUUUGCAGUCCAACUUUAAACGGAAUUGAGUUUUAAUAGAUCAAUUAUAGUUAAAUUAUUUGCUAUAACGUUGAACAUUUUUAAAGUAAAAAUGGUUUUAGCUGAACGUAACUCAGAAAAUGUUAGAAAUGGUCGAAGAUCAAGAGGUCCCAGCCCAAAUGGACAGACGGAAUCUUCAAGUGAAGAAGACGGAGUUCCAGCUGAAAAGAUACGUGUUGGUCGAGAUUUCCAAGUUAUAGUACCAGAACUUAUUCCACUUAGUGAGCGCAGAUUGGAUCAAUGCCCUGACAGAGCAUUGUUAGUUUGGUCUCCUACUACUGAUAUACCAGACCAAAAAUUGGAUGAAUACAUAAUAUUAGCAAAAGAGAAGUAUGGAUAUAACGGCGAGCAGGCUUUAGGAAUGUUAUUUUGGCAUAAACAUAAUUUGGAACGUGCGGUACUAGAUUUGGCAAAUUUUACUCCAUUUCCUGAUGAAUGGACGAUAGAAGAUAAGGUGUUAUUUGAACAAGCGUUUCAGUUUCAUGGGAAAAGUUUUCAUCGUAUUCGACAAAUGUUACCUGAUAAAUCAAUCGCCAGUCUUGUAAAAUAUUACUAUAGUUGGAAGAAGACAAGAACUAGGACGUCAUUGAUGGAUAGGCAAGCAAGAAAAUUGACAAGUGGUGGAAAAGAAGGAGAAAAUGGCAGUGAGAAUGGAAGUGAGUUAGGCUCAAAUACAGACAGCGAAUCUGAAGAAAAAAAAUGGACGAUCCACCGCGGAAUACGUCGUGGAAAGAACCAAGCUGUGCCAGGAAGCCAAAGCACUGACGCUAAGGCCCCAUCCGACUCGGAAAACGCCCCUCAGGUUCAGGGGUCGUGUAGCAACUGUGGCGUUGCUUGCAAUAGCGUACGUGCAACUCCCAAGGGACACGCGUGUCAUAGCUGCUAUCUGCACUGGAGGCGUACUGGUGUAGCAAGACCUCUAAGUUCUAUGCCAGGUCGUACAAACAAAAGAAAACCACCUCGUGGAUUGGUAGUAAAUCAUGAUGACUUGGCAGCAUUGGCUGGUCAACCAAAUCAAGCUAACAACAGUUUACAAGCUAUCGACACAGAGAUUGUUAGCUUAAAACGUCAAAUACAGUCAAACAAGCAACAAGUAAGUGCUUUAAAACGUAAGACUACUGAUGGAGUAGACGACUUAAGACCACCAGAAGUAUCCAGUCGUAUAAAUGCACGAUGGACGAAUGAUGAACUACUGUUAGCUGUUCAAGGAGUUAGAAAAUAUGGCAAAGAUUUUUCUGCAAUUGCUGAUGUAAUUGGUACUAAAACAGAAGCUCAUUUGCGAUCAUUCUUUGUAAAUUAUCGACGAAGGUACAAUUUAGAUGCCGUUCUAAAAGAAUAUGAAGCUGAGAACGGGCCGAUAUUAAUUGAUGAUGACAAAGAAGAAAAGAUGGAUGUUGACCAACCAAAUGAAGUGGCAGAGUCAUCACAAAAAGCAAAAGCGUCAAGUGGUUUAGGACAAACUACAAAAUAACGAAUGAUUCUAUUAAACACCAAAUGUGACAAAGUUAAUUUCAGGGUUACUGAAAGUCGACGUUAAUACGUAAAAAGGAUACUUGUUUGGAUUAAUUUUUUAAUUUUACACGUACUUUUUGUUAAUAAUUGUAGGUGCGUAUAAGAAUACAAAUAUUAGAAAUAAAUUUGCGGGUCAGUUACUAAAUCAAAAGUAUUUUAAAUAUUACGACUUUGCAAACUUAGAUGAAAUAUAUACAUUUCUUAAAUAGAGAGAUUCAUCAUUUCAAAUUGUAAACAUGUUUAUUGGUAUAAUUAUUAUAAAUUGAAUUAUGUUUCAAAUUAAUAUGAUGAAUACAAAAAGUUAUGAUCUCUGCUGAUAUAAUAUGAAAAUAAUUUUAAUAGGUGCACAUGUGUCAUGCAAUAAGAAAAAUAAUAUAAAUUAUAAUUAUUAUAAAAUGUAUUUCUGUAUGUGUGUUUGAUUUUUCUAUAGAUACGAAAGUUGUCUUAUGAUGUAACAUACAAUUUCCUAUAUUAUAAGUAAAUUUUUAUUAUAUUGAAUAAAACAAAAGAAUGAUAUAAAUUAUUAAUAUUUAACAACAAAAAUAUUAAUGACAAUAUUUCAUGUUUUUAAAUGUAACGUCAUGUAAGUAAUAAUUUAUUGUGAGAUGAUUAUGUUGAUGUAAUUAGGAAAUCAUUUCAAAAGACAUUGACCUAUCAUGACAUAGUAAUAAAAAAAUAGAAUAGUCGGUUUUUAAUUAUCUAAAAUGAUUAUAAAAAUUCAUCUAUUAUGUACUGUUUAUAAGACAAUCUAAAAGAUCUGGUAAAAAGUAUACGCUUUGCGUUAUACAAUAACAGAUUUAUUAUUAAUUUUUUAUAAUACUGCAAUACAUUGAUUAAAUAUAAUGAAACUUUGAAUUUCUCAUGAUUUAUAUUUUUCAUUUUGUUAACAGAAUUAAUUGUAGAUAUAAUUUAGUGAUAAUUUUAUGUAUUGUAAUCAUAUUUACUUAUUUGUAAUGAUAUCUGUAAUUAUAUUAUUUAA